GGGGCAGGGGCGGCCCCCGCCCGGCGCGGCGCGGGCAGCUCGGGGCCUUACGGCGGCAAGAUGGCUCCGAAGGGGAAAGGCAAAGCCGGGAAGGGCGGCGACAGCGGCGGCGGCAGCAGCGAGGGCAAAGCACAGGGCCCGAAGGGAGGCGGCAGUGCCGUCAAGGUUCGGCACAUCCUGUGCGAGAAGCACGGCCGGGCCAUGGAGGCCAUGGAGAAGCUGAAGGCCGGGCAGCGCUUUAGCGAGGUGGCGGCACAGUACAGCGAGGACAAGGCCAGGCAAGGGGGAGACCUGGGCUGGAUGACCAGAGGCUCCAUGGUGGGACCAUUCCAGGAGGCAGCGUUUGCCCUGCCUGUGAGCAGCAUGGACAAGCCCGUGUACACAGACCCUCCCGUCAAGACCAAGUUUGGAUACCACAUUAUCAUGGUGGAAGGCAGAAAAUAAAACAUGAAUGAUCAUGA